AUGGCCACGCCCUCGCUGCUCCAGCUCAAGAAAAAACUGUUCGGCCAUGGCGGCGGUGGUGGCGGCCUUGGCGGUGGCGGCGGCGGUGGUUUUGGCGGUGGCUUCGGCGGCGGCGGUGGAUAUGGAGGUGGUGGCGGAUAUGGUGGUGGUGGCGGAUAUGGUGGCGGCGGUGGCUAUCAUGGAGGUGGCGGCGGUGGCUACCACGGCGGCGGUGGUGGUGGUGGCUAUGGUCGCAAGCCCACCAUCGAAGUGUAUGUGGUGAAGCCAGUUUAUCAAGGAGGCGGCGGCGGCGGUGGCUAUCAUGGCGGUGGUGCUGGUGGAGGUGGCUAUCAUGGCGGCGGCGGUGGUUGUUGUGGCGGCGGAGGUGGCGGUGGUCACGGUGGUGGUGGUGGUGGCUCCUAUGCCAGCAGCAGCGCCAACAGCUACAGCCACGGUGGAGGCGGUGGCAGCCAUGCCUAUGCAAAAGCCACGGCCAACACCUAUUCAAGCAGCUGGUAA